AUAUUGACACUGACCGCAAUGAGCUUCUACAGGGGUUGGUCAAUCCUAGUGGUCAAAGGUUGAACGCAUAUCACCUCCAGCCGAAACAUGAUCCCUCUGACCCGUCAGAAGAUUACUGUGCCGUGUGCCACAAUGGAGGAGACCUGUUAUGCUGUGACAAGUGCCCAAAAGUUUUCCAUUUACAGUGUCAUGUACCGGCCAUAAGCACCAACUUCUCAUCAAAACGAGGAAUCAAACAAAAGAGUUACACAUUUGCCUUGUUACAUCCACUAGCAGAAGCUAAAUGUGAAGUAUGGACAUGUACAUUGUGCUCGGCAGAUGAAGAAUUGAAGAUCAAGUCUCCGAUACCCAAAGAGUACGAGGUGACGAGCACUGGCAAGCGGAAAGCGCCCAACGGACUUGUUGACAAGGAGAUUAAGGUAUGUGAGAGGAUAUUACUGGAGUUAUUCUGUUUGGAGAUCAGCACAGUGUUUCAUGAGCCUGUUCCAAAAUCGGUCCCUAAUUACCACAAGAUCAUUAAAGAUCCGAUGGAUUUUGGAGCCAUCAAAUGCAAGCUUCGUAGAGGGCAUUUUGCCCAUUACAAUUCAGUAGAAGAAUUUCUAUCCGACAUCAAGCUUGUGUUUCGAAACUGCUUUAAAUACAACUCUGAAAAAUCUGAUGUAUAUGCUGUAGGAAAAUCUGUUCAGAACUAUUUUGAAUCACUUGUGAAACACUUUUUGCCGUGUUAUGUAGACUACCUCAGCAGGCGAACACCAAGUCCUGUCACAACAAUGGAGUCAAAUGGAACCGACGGACAGAGUCGCAAUAAGAAACGCAGAAGUCCUGCACCGGACUCCACAAGGGAUAACAAUAGUCCGGUCCAUUUUUCUUGAGAAUAGAAAAAAAAUGACUUUAAUUUUGAUGAAAAAUGAAAUUUCGACAUACAUGUGCUUUUUAUCCCCCUUUCUUAAUACACAAAUAUAUUAUUGACAUUCCAACUUACUACUAUGAAUUUAAUAAAGCUGCACUGGUAAUAAUGUGCAUAAUUUGUACUCAAUUUGGUUUUUAAGAAAGAAUGUGAAUAAAUUGAAUAUUUAUCCAUUUUUUGAUCCAAACAAUUUUUGUAUGACUUGUAUAAAUGAUUGUAAAUAAUGUCUGGUCAGCUAUUGUGUUGCCACUGUUAGAUUGGUUCAAUAUUUAACCUUUAACCUGCUGAAUUUGUGAAAUGGACUCACCCAACUUUGAAUUUUGAACAGUCCAUUCAAAGUGUAAGGGAUUUCAACAUUAAAUUGCAAAAAUUUGAGAUACCAGCAGACUGUCAUGCUGACAGGCUGGGUCUAUACUGAUGACAAAGGCUAAUCAUUUUUUUGUUCUAGCAGGUUUUAGGGUUAAGCAUUGGAAAUACUAACUUAUCUAAAAAUUGUGGUUGUGUGUAAAAUGUGCUAUAUAUUAAGUGACACUUUUGUACAAAAGCAAGGUGAUAUUAGUGUAAUACUUAAGUGACUUGUGUGUGUUCUGCCAAGGUUGAUAUUGGUUCUUUCUGUAAACCCACAGCAGUAUAACUUACUGCUAAAUAACUUUCUCAAAACAAAAAAAGAUACCAAGUAAAAAAAAAAAUACGCAGUUAUUUUACCACCGGCGAAUCUGAAAUUUUCAUUGACAAACUUAAAACUUUAUACAGAGCACUGUGUCAGACAUAUGUACAAUGUAUAAAGUUUGUGGUCAAGUGACAGUUCUAAGGAAACAAUUGUUUUAUCAAAUUUUUUUGUAUUAUGGUUAAAGUGAUAUUAGCUAUAUGGUAAAGUGAAGUUUGUGUAAUGCCAAAUAUUUAUAUUAACAGUGUAAAAUGAAAUUUUCAACAGCAGUAUAAAAUCAAUAGUUCACGUUGACUGAGCAACAGAAACUUCCAAAAUAUUUCUGAGAUAUGUUCAAAAUAAUGGAAUGUAGUAAGAAAACAAACAAAAUGUUAUGUCUAAUUUGAUUGUUAGUGUAAGACUGGUAUUUUUUUGUUAAGAAAUAGUAGGUUACAUAUAAUUCAAUAGUUUGGGUAUCU